CUAUUCAUUCAGUAACCGUGCCGGAGUGCAGUAGGACCAACCACUCAGGGACAUCAGUCUCAGUAGAACCACCUGUUUAGCAUAAAAAUGAACGGUCGCUCUGUAAGAAGGGGUAUCUCUUGCCCUCCCCAGGAUCCUAAUUGUACCCGGAUUGUGGAAUCUCUCACUGCCUGGAAUGAUUCCGAAAUCCAGUCCUACAAACUUGUGGAUUUACCACCUCUAGUCCCAACGGAAGCAACUGCAAGACCUGCCCAUAAAGUAUUCCCCACAGUGGAUGUUCCAGAUCAUGCACACUACACAAUUGGAGCUGUUAUUCUGGCUGUGGGAAUCACAGGCACUUUAGGAAAUCUCUUAGUCAUCUACGUAUUCUGCAGGAGCAGGAGCCUGCGGAGUCCAGCAAAUAUGUUUAUUAUAAAUCUGGCAGUCUCUGAUUUCCUGAUGUCUGUUACUCAGACACCUGUCUUUUUUGUUACCAGCCUUCACAAGCGCUGGAUUUUUGGAGAAAAGGGUUGUGAGAUCUAUGCAUUCUGUGGUGCCUUGUUUGGCAUCACCUCCAUGAUCACCUUGAUGGUAAUAGCUUUGGACAGGUACUUUGUCAUCACUCGACCACUGACAUCCAUUGGAGUAAUAUCAAAGAAACGAGCAGCUAUAAUCCUGUGUGGGGUUUGGAUCUAUUCCCUUGCAUGGAGUCUACCACCCUUCUUUGGUUGGAGUGCCUAUGUUCCAGAAGGACUAAUGACUUCAUGCACGUGGGACUACAUGACAUUUACACCAUCUGUGCGAACAUACACCAUGCUUCUGUUCUGCUUUAUCUUCUUUAUACCGCUGAUUAUCAUUAUAUAUUGUUACUUCUUCAUCUUUAAGACCAUCAAGACCACCAACAAGGCAGUACAAAAAAUUGGAACGGAUAACAAAGAGUCUAACAAACAACUUCAAAGAAUGAAGAAUGAAUGGAAAAUGGCUAAAAUUGCCCUGAUAGUCAUCCUGCUUUAUGUAAUUUCUUGGUCUCCAUACUCCACAGUGGCACUAACGGCAUUUGCUGGAUAUUCUUAUGUUCUGACACCCUACAUGAACUCUAUACCGGCAGUGAUUGCCAAGGCAUCUGCUAUCCACAACCCAAUAAUAUAUGCUAUUACUCACCCAAAAUACAGGACAGCAAUAGCCAAGUAUGUGCCUUGCCUGAAACCUCUCUUCAGAAUACCUCAAAAGGACUUUAAAUCAUACAGCAGUUACUAUUCUACCAGACGUUCCACUAUCACUAGCCAGUGUUCUGAGAUGAGUGCACUGCCUCGAGGACGGAGACGGCUAUCUUCUGUUUCAGAUAGUGAAUCGGGCUGGACUGAUACAGAAGCAGAUAUAAGUAGCAUGAACUCCAGAGCAGCCAGCAGGCAAGUAUCCUACGAAAUUGGAAAGGACAUCACAGAAAUCCAGGAUGGAAAAUCGAAACAGAAAAAUCAUGACUCUGGAAUUUCUGAGAAGGGUUCUUUUGAAGCAGAUGAAAUUUCUGUGCUAAGCAACAGAUCUGGAGAAUGCCACUCUUCACUCUAUGGAAGCGGAAGUGGAAGCAGGAAGGCUGCUAGCCAGCAUAAAAGGGAACCGCUCCCCCAUGCCUUGGCAGCUCGAAUACCAAGCAUUGUGAUAACAUACAGUAACAAACAGCAGAGCAGAGAGCCUUCCAAACAUACUGUGAAUUCCAAGAAUGAUGAUCCCCAUCAAGAAAAGCAGGGACAAUCAGAUGAUCCAAGCAGAAGCAGUACAGUUACUUCAGCUGCUGUAGAGACAGUAUCACAGACCGUCCAUGAAGAUGUCAGCAAUCACAUGUCACCAACAAAAAAUCAAGUUCCCAGCCACACAAUUUGAUAUUUUAAGACUGAAACAUUCCAAUCAUAUUAAAUGUUUUGUGUUUACAAAGAGCACACUUUCUGUUCCUGAGUGCAUACACACUGUAACUUUGUUUAAGUUGAUUCAUUUGCAAAUACUGCAACUGUUCUGUAAAUGAGACAGUAUUUCAAAUUUAGCUAUCAGUCCUUCUUUACAAGAGUAAAUCUGUUGUAGUUUACAGACUGUGGAAAAUUACUGUGUUGUGAUCUUUAUGUGAGGAUUUUAUAUUUAACAAGUUUACUUUAGUACUUUUUAGUUUAGUACUUUUAUUUACUUUUUUUUUUUAAUUUGUUAACUAGGGGAAUGCAUCAGUCUAAGAAAGGCCUGUCUCAUUCAUAGUAUGCAUAGAAAGCACAAAGUCAAAAAAUAAAUAUUAAGCUAUAAGGGAUAAAAACGUCAUGCCAUGGGCAUGUAUGACUAGGCUUCUAAACAUCCUCACAGAUCAAUAACUUAAUAAGUACCUAUGAAUCUAUAAGUACAGAAUACAUUCUUAUAUUGCUAUAGUAAUGUUACAUUAAAUAAAGCCUAGCUAUAAAAAAUUACUUUUACUAACUACGGGAUCCUGCAGUUAGCAAAUUAUCAUUAUUUAGUUUCUGCCAGUUUGCUUUACCAUAUUUCUAACAGUUAAACACGCAUGAAAUGUACUUCAUGGCUCAGAUUUUAUUAAUACAAAUUCACUAGAUCAAAGUGCCCAAGUUGUCACCACAGCAAGAAAUAUACGUGAUAGUGAAUUUAUGAAUGCUGCCUUUUCCUGGAUACCUACUACUGAUUUCCCCUCUUUGAUCAUAUCUCACCACUAGACUGUCACCUUUUAACUAAAAACUAGUAUCAAAAUGCCCACAAAUUCAACUACAUUCAGGGAUUACUCCAAAGUUAAACUCAUACCCCUCACCCGACGGCCUUAAACAUUUCAAAUGUGGAACUCAUAGACAAAAAAAAAUAAGAUCAGGAGAAAAGGUCCACAUAAGAAAAUGUUGACCAUUAGUCAGUAGGAGUAUAAACUGUUUUUGUUGGGCUGUUAAAGGUAACAUAAGGAAGAGUAAAGCUGAGUAUGAAAUGAAGGUAAAUAACUCAGAAGGAUAAUCACAAGGAGUUUUUCAAGUAUAUUAAGAGUAAUAAAACUAAUACUCAAUACUGCACCAUGCUCAAAGUCAACAGCAAUGCCCAUUCUGAUUCAGAAACCAUAGCAAACCUCCUAGGUGAUAAAUUUAGCUGUCAUUGCUGUCUCCUUCCCACCCUAGUAUCCUCUUUCCAAAAUCUGAUAAUACUGUUCUUUCCAUUGUCAUUAUGGCCCCGAUCUGGAAAACUAUUACCAAAACUGAAAAAAAAAGCCCCAUUGGGCCUGGUUAAUAUACCUGGGUGCCAUGCUGCUAGCCAAAGCCCCAUUGGGCCUGGUUAAUAUACCUGGGUGCCAUGCUGCUAGCCAAAGCCCCAUUGGGCCUAGUUAAUAUACCUGGGUGCCAUGCUGCUUGCCAAAGCCCCAUUGGGCCUGGUUAAUAUACCUGGGUGCCAUGCUGCUAGCCAAAGCCCCAUUAGACCUGAUUAAUAUACCUGGGUGCCAUGCUGCUAGCCAAAGCCCCAUUGGGCCUGGUUAAUAUACCUGGGUGCCAUGCUGCUAGCCAAAGCCCCAUUGGGCCUGGUUAAUAUACCUGGGUACCAUGCUGCUAGCCAAAGCCCCAUUGGGCCUGGUUAAUAUACCUGGGUGCCAUGCUGCUAGCCAAAGUAUAUUCUAAUUCCCACUUCAAGCCUCUUAAUCUCAUCUUAUUCUCAGGAUAUAUGCUUGAGCACUGGAAGGCAAAUGUUGUAGUGUCUCUAUAUAAAAGCAGUGUUGUAAAUUACCCUGAUAAUUACCAUCCCAUUAACCUCCCUUGUAUUAUCUAGAACAUCAUGGGCAGGACCUUAGUCAUAACUUCAAAACAGGUCACUUAAAACACUUGACCCUAGUUAAUGCAGCUUUGCUAAGGACAGGUCUUGCAUGCUUAAUUUGGUUGACUUUUUUUUUGAGUGUGACUGAAGCCACAUUCAAUAUGACUCCCCAUACAAGCAUUGUAGAUAAACUUAUCAGAUUCAGUAUUAAUGCAUAUAUUACUCAAUAGAUGACUAACUGUCUUUCUGAUAGAACAUAAUGGUUGUGAACUAGUGGUUACCUUCUUAUCUAAUACCUUAGACAGUACUUGAGUACCCCAGAGCUCUAUGUGGAGUCCCCUUCCCUUUGACAUCUACUUCUUUCAUGUGAGGAUGACUCUCCAACGUUUAUGGUUGACCAAGUUUGAGAAUGACUGCAACAGACUCCAAUGUUCAUCAAGAAAGGCUAGAUAAAGUCAGCACCUGUUGUUAUAACCAUUGCCUUAAACUUAACACAAAAAUGUGUAGUGAAAUCACAUUUGAAAAUGUCUUUCCCAAUAUUUAUCACACAAAAUUGAACCGCACUUAGGUUGAAUACAGUUAUUAGAAAUCUAGGUAUUUUCUCAGCAAUUAACUAUCCUUUGAUUAUCAUGUAUUAGUUACAGUAAGAAAGGAGUUUUUAUUGCCCGGAUAAUUAUCAAGGUCCACAGAGGUCUUAGCCCAUGUACUGGCAGUUAGCACAGAGGACUACGGCUAUGAGCUUCUUCCUGUAGUACAUUGAAUCUCUCAGACCUCACUUGCCUACCAUGUGACCUCGAGUGAAUCACUUAACCAGACAGUGAGCUAAGGCAAUUGGGAAUUUGGGCUAGGCUCCUAAAUGGCUUCCUGAACUGCAUGCCUAGUAGUUACCUGUGAACUUACAUAUAUUCCUUCCUUAUUAGAAUUAUCACUAAAUAUAAUCUUCAGGUUGAUACAUAUCUCACCAAAUAUGUAUCUCAGCUUAAAGGGACUCAGCUUUUCCUAGCUAACAGAGUCAAGGAUCUAGGCUCUUAGUUAUCUAGAUACUUAAAAAUAAAGUCUUUCACUUUUUUUCUGUCUUGUACUUACCCUUAUGUGGAUAUCUCUGUCUUGACUUUUGAGUCAUGAAAGAUAUAGUUUUGCAAGAUAUUCUUCAGCUGAGAAACACUAGUAUUGUUAGGAACACUCAUGGCAAAAAUCUCAACUUACAUUACAAACUUUACUCAGAAGAUUCCCU